AUGAGCUACAUCACUCGCCGGGCGCUCUCGACGCUCAUUCCCCCCAAGGUUGCUUCGCCCAAGGAAAACGCGCGACUUUUCGCCCAACUCACGACAACGGCCGCCACAAUCAAUUUGGCCUUGCGAUAUUCGACGACUCAUAUAAUCCCAUCAGUAAUGUGGCAAAACGGCGGUAUUGUCAGCAGGUCGGCGUGCACAUUAACUGCGAAGACGGACACCGCGGCCCCAUCAACGAUUUGGCGACGGCCCAGAACGGCGCAACCGAACAACGUGAUCGAACGAUGCGAGACGACACGAUCAAGCGAUGCCAUUGGCGCUGCUCCUGAUGCUGUCCGCAUGCAGCGUGUCGUGAGCUUCUACGAGAAGCUGCCUCGUGGCCCGGCCCCCGAGGUCAAGGCCAAGGGCCUCCUCGGCCGCUACCAGGCCAAGCACUUCGGCAAGAACCCCACGGUCAAGCCCAUUAUCCAGGCUGUUGCCCUUCUGAUUGUCAUCGGCUACGCCCAGCAGUACUACUUCCACCUGCGUGUGUACCUCCCCACUCUGAGACGAGCAACGGCUACAAUAGGCCAAUGGCCAACAUCGACGCUCUUUGCAUAA